UUGACAGUGAAGGAAAGGAAGACAUCCCCGCUGAGUUUGUUGUUUUAAUUUUCAUUUUGGAGGUAUAAAUUCUCCAAACCAUGUUUACCGACAGUAUCAUAAUUCUCUUGGCAUCGGUAGCGUUUUUGCAAUGCCAAUGCGAAAAGUCCGCGUCUCAAACCACCGAGGAACAGACCGAGGAAGGUAAACCUCGUCGGCCGAGCGAGCCGGCGUCCUACUCGCGCCGUCUGUCCCCCGCCCAGGAUGGAGACAGUUACGUGUUGGAGUGGAGCUACACGGAGGAAGACGUGACAUUCAGGGUUAGAGCCAAGACACUGGGCUGGGUCGGCCUGGGGUUCUCUCCGAGCGGGGGUAUGAAGGGAGCAGAUAUAGUCAUCGGUUGGGUGCGGGACGGGAAACCCUACUUGUCGGAUCGCUACGCCACGGGAAACGAGCAGCCAAAGGAAGACAAGCAUGACGACUAUGAGCUACUGAGCGGCAAGGAGGCUGACCAGUAUACCACGCUUGUCUUCAGGAGGAAACUCAACACAUCGGAUUGCCAAGAUAUGGUCCUCACGCCCGGCACAACUCGCCUGCUGUGGUCAUACCACGAUGACGACCCGAGCGAGGCAGACGGACCAGCUUACCAUGGGCCCGACCACCGCGGCACACACUCCGUCAUGCUUCUCGCUCCAGAUCACUCCGAGGCACGCAAUUUGCCUCAAGAUGUCCAGACACACGAAUUCCUCAAUAACAAAGUGCGACCUCUCCGACAAGACCAGACUCUGUACUGGUGCACCAUUUGCCGAUUCCCCAAAGUGGAUACCAGACACCACAUCAUCAGGUAUGAGCCAGUUUUAGCACCAGGCAGUGAGCCGUACAUCCACCACAUUUUCGUCUAUGCCUGCUAUGCGGCCCCUCCAGACGAGAAGCUCUACGGCUUCUCCGAUCUCUGCGUCAAACUACCCAAGGAUAUCCAGAACUGCAUCUCGCUCGUCUUCAUUUGGAGCAUCGGUGGCGGGGCAUUUGAAUUUCCCGCGCACGUUGGCUACUCCAUCGGUGGGCCCGGCGAUCCUCUAUUCCUGCGCAUGGAAGUGCACUACGACAAUCCACGACUUCCAGACGAUUUUCAAGACAGUUCCGGGUUCCGAUUCUACUACACGCCCACCUUACGGCAACAUGACGCGGGCAUCUUUUUGGCGGGAGUUUUCUCCAUGUGGUGGCUGGUAAUCCCGCCCAAACAAGAAGAGUUCGUAUCAAAAGGCUGGUGCCUUGAGGAGUGCACAAAACUGUACUUCCCUCCAAAAGGAAUCAAGAUUUUUGCUACAAUGGCACAUACACACAUCUCUGGUAAAAAGCUCAGAUUUCGUCAGUUUCGAGACGGCAAGCUCUUCGAUGAAAUAAUUAGUGAGGGCAAUUUUGACUGUGACUUCCAGGAAAUACAACUUCUUGAAAAUGAGAAAACGAUUAUGCCUGGAGACGUCAUGUUAACAGAAUGUACAUUCAAGACGACUAACCGGACUAGUAUAACAUAUGGUGGAUGGGGGAGAACCGACGAAAUGUGCCUGUCCAUUCCCUUCUACUACCCGAGGAUUGACAACUUCGGUGACUGCCUGUCCACCACACAGCCCGUGGAAGUGCUGAAACGGCUCGGCUACCAAAACGCAAGUGACUUGCCUGUGGAGCUGGACCAGGCCAGUUCUAUCAAGGCAUUUGAAAGUUUCAACUGGACGGAUCCCGAUUUCGUCCUCAAGUUCAAAGAGGCCGUCAACGACGCCCACCUGUAUUUCCGAUGCGACAACGAAACCAGACUGGAGCAAAUGGACCCAUUUGCUGAGUGGAAAACUCCCCAAAUCGAGUAUCCAGUCGACGAUGACAAAGGUGUAUGCUGAUAUGACGAAGAAUGAUAAAUCACCAACUCCAAACAAACUGCGACCAACGAACACCAGAAACGGGCAUUUUCAGUUACUGUUUAUUGCUCAUCGUAGUGGCGUAGCCAGGAUUUUAU